CCGAAAUGCAGAACUCCUCACCGGUCAGCAGGAGGAAGCAGAAAGCUAAGUUAAGGAAACGCCGACAGAAAGCUCUGAAGGCUCUAGCAAAGCAGACAGCGCAGGCCCUAAAUACCAUGGUGGUAUAGCCUGACCUGAUCCAGCCUCUACUACCUGGGCUGAGACAAACCAAAACUAUGGACCUUUGGUGUGGAGACAUGGAGACACAGAGACAGUGCAGUGAGCUCAAGGCUGGAGAAAUUAGUUGUUAAGCGUGUCUCGUUCGAGGAGUUGGAUCGGGUUUACCUCUACCCCCUGGACUUGAUUCUACAGUGAGGACUAUCGUAUUUGGACUCUACAUAUGAGCAUUACAGAUGUGUGUUAUGAAAAGAUGUACCAUGGGUUAUGACAUGUGGAUUAACAUGUGGAUCUGGUAUUAAAGCAUCAGUGCAAACCUGAGCAAGCUGGGAAGAAGAGGAAAGGGUGCCCCACUACAGUCGACGAGCCAGAGAUUAAAAUGGGCAAGACUGAAUCUGCAGGAGGUGACGAGACCAACAAUGCUACUGAACUUCUGCCUUAGUCUUUUACUUUCUUUCUCUUUUAUCUUCUUCACAUUUUAUCGUUUGUUAUGUAUUAAAAAGAUUCAACAAACAAGAGGGAGGCAUCUGAGAGAUCCACAAUGCUCGUAUCUGCCUCCAACUCAGGGGCUGAAGGACAAAGUGUCGGUGAGCAUCCGUCCUGUUAUUCUCAUGAAAUCCUCCCUUUUAAAUACGUUAUUCAUUAAGCCACAUCUAUUGCUCGGUGUUUUGUACACAGUUUUGUCUAUCGAAGAGGAACUUGCUCAGCUUAAAAUGAAGCUUCAGAAAAACAAGGUUCCACUAUCUGAUAUAGAUGCAGAACGUCACACUGAGGAGACCGGUGAGGAUUUAACUCCUGCACCAGCCUCCAAAUCAGCAGCUGAAGGACAAAGUUGCACGGCGGUUUCUAUAAAGCGGCAGGGCAGACAGACUCGGGCUCCUGAUGGCACACGGAAGAAGCAGGGAUCUUUCUGGAGACCAGGAAUGAAGAUCACAGCCCAGAGGAUAGCUUUUGUAUGUUCGGUGUGCAAGUUUCACUCGUUCUACAAAAAGAACAUGGAAGCUCAUCUGGAGAGCAAAUUCCACAAAGAUCACUUCCAGUUCCUGUCAGAGCACCUCUCCGAACCGACUGUGGACUUCCUGCAGCAGACACGUUUAAGUUAUAAGCAUAAGAAGGUUGAGGAUUUCAUUAAUCAGAUACCGAAUCACCGUGAUGCCAUCUGUCAGCUGUAUGAAGAUAAGGACCUGACUCGAGACAUAAGUAUGGAGCACUUCAUGAGGAAGGCAGAAGCAGCUCACUGUCUAGCGUGUGAUGUAUACAUACCCAUGCAGCAUUACUUAAUUCAGAAUCACCUCAAGUCCCCUGAUCAUAUCAAUAACUGCAAGAUUAUGAUGGAACAGUCUAAAAAUUGGGGGCUGUCUUUUGCCCAGAGCAUCCUCAGUAACAAGUGUGUCCGCAAGAAACUGAAGCGCCACCUUAAGGACUCCAUGGUAACUGGUGGGUCUGAAGUGAAACCGGAAGUGGUGUGGUCAACAGGGCAAAGGGCAAUUCCAGAUCCAGAAGCAGACAUGAUGAUGCAAGAGGUGGAGCCGUUCUGUGAACGGACGAGCCAAGCUGAAGAGGCAGUAGGAGAUGGGAAAGACCACGAGGUGGAGCCGUUCUGUGGGCGGACGAGCCAAGAUGAAGAGGCAGUAGGAGAUGGGAAAGACCACGAGGUGGAGCCAUUGUCUAAACGGGUGGUCCCAGCUGCAGAGGCAAAAAAGAAUGGGAAGGAACAGCAGGCAGAGCCAAUGUGUGAAGAGGUGGGUCCAGCUGCAGAGAAAAUAAGGAACAAGGAUGUGCGAGAGAAACCUGAAGAACGUUACCUGACGGAAUUGCUUUUCGACUUGCUGGAUGAAGAGGAAGACGUGGAAGGAGUGGAGUUGGGGGAGGAAGAACUGGGAGAGGAUGACUACGCUUUGUAGUCAAAUUGUAAAAACUUUGACCUGUGUGACCGUUUAUUAGUCACUUAACAAUUCUUUACAGAUUCUGUUGCCUGGAUCAAGUCAAACUCCUGGAUCUUAUGGGAGUUUAAUAGACAUUAUGUAUGUUUGUGACAUUUAGGAAUUUAUCACAAAGCAAUUUUUCUUUUCUCUGUACAUGUACACUGUUUUCCACCUACACAGUGCCGCUGUCAAAUCUGGAAACUUUCAGCACUUUACCACUGUGAAACCAGCAGGUUGUGCUAGACAUGCACUGGGCUUAUUAUUUAUUAUUUAUUAUUAUUUAUUAUUAUUUUUUAAACGGUUCAACAUUAUAACACUGAUUUUCUGUUUUGAUUCCUUCAUGAUUCUGAAGGAAUCAUGUUGAAAUUGUAAAAUAUGUUCUUAAUGCCAAAAAUACUGCUUGUAAACUCCUCCAUUAUUGUUAUUUUUGUGCUGUUCAUCAGUAAAUUCAUUCAACUGAGUAUGUAAUAGUUUGGUUCACAAACCGGUAGAAACAUGCCCUCGUUUUCCUCAAGGUUAAUUCUAUAUGACUGAACAAAGACAACUGUAGCUCUAUCUAGAACCUGGGUUGCUGUUUUCCUCACUAAUAAGCCAGCUGUUGAUAAGCCAGUCUGCUGUAUAUUGUGGUUUUCGUUUACCCGUUUUAUGAGAAUUUAUUUCGUUUUUCAUUAAAUGUAAUCAGAAUUGAACUUAAUCAAAAACACAAGAAAUUCAAACAGAAACACCUGACUUGCACCUGAUGCCUGAGGGUUGUAGUAUGAAUGAAUAGAUGUGAUAAAGUGGGAUAAAAAGAGUGUCUAUAGUAGACCUAUAUAAUAAUUUCUUAAUUAUUUUAAAGCAAUAUCCACAAAUUAUACUUGAUUAAAUUCAUGCAUAAAUAAAAUUGUAUUGAUUUACAAUGAAAAUGAGUGACUACUGAAUUUCUGCUGUCUGUUGUGACCCUUUAUGUCUGUGGAGGAAUCAUGGUAGACGUGUGUUUCGAAGACCUAAUUUCUUUACUGAAAACAAUCAUAAGAACAUAGAAAAA